CCUCCUUCGGGUCGGACCGCGUGGGGCCGCUUCCGCUUCCGGCGCUGCCCGGCCCCUCAUGGCGGCGCCCUGCGAGGCCGGGGAGCGGCGGCCUUUCGGGAGGCGGCUCCUCACUGACCCCUCCCGGCUUUUCCAGCACAACGCCUGGGAUAAUGUGGAAUGGUCAGAAGAGCAGGAAGCCAGUGCCAGGAGUAAAGUUCAAGAAAACAGCUCACAACUAUUGCCACAAGACAAACAAGAGGAAUAUGAGGUAAAUGCUAAGAAAUACUGGGAUGACUUCUAUAAAAUCCACGAAAAUGGCUUCUUCAAGGACAGGCACUGGCUGUUCACUGAAUUUCCUGAGCUGGCACCUCACAGGAACUCAAGCCAAAAUGGAGAUUCUGUGCAUGGAUUUAGUAACAAAGAAGAAUCCAAAAAGGAAGGGCUGGGAAGCUGUGAAAUUUGCCAUUGCUCGUUGGAAACCAGGACAGAGAGACAGUUAAACCUGAUAAAAAGCCCACCUGGAGGCCACACGGAGGAGUUGGCUGCACAGAAAAGCAGUGAUGGGCAUUACCCAGGAGCAGCUGCAUCUUACCGGAUAUUAGAGGUUGGCUGUGGGGCUGGGAAUACAGUCUUCCCAAUUUUACAAACCAACAAUGACCCAGGCUUGUUCGUUUAUUGCUGUGAUUUUUCUACAGCAGCUGUGGAUCUUGUCCAGAACAAUGCAGAAUAUGAUUCUUCUCGCUGCUUUGCAUUUGUCCAUGACCUGUGCAAUGACCAAAGUCCUUUCCCAAUGCCAGAGGAGAGUCUUGACAUUGUUAUUCUUAUCUUUGUCCUCUCAGCAAUUCUCCCAGAGAAAAUGCAGUGCAUUGUGACCAGACUGAGUCGCCUUCUGAAACCAGGAGGAAUGAUCUUGUUGCGAGAUUACGGCCGUUAUGAUCUUGCCCAGCUUCGGUUCAAGAAAGGUCAAUGUCUGUCUGAUAACUUCUAUGUAAGAGGUGAUGGCACCAGAGUCUACUUCUUUACACAAGAUGAGUUAGAUCAUCUGUUCACCACAGCUGGGCUGGAAAAAGUCCAGAAUCUGGUUGAUCGGCGAUUGCAAGUGAACCGUGGGAAGCAGAUGACGAUGUAUCGGGUGUGGAUCCAGUGCAAGUACUGCAAACCCAGCACCCUUCAGCCAUGAGGCAUGUGGACUGUGGGCUGGAGCCUCUUCAUCUCCUCCUUGGUGACAUGUGUGUGAUGCCAUUCUGCACACCCAUGACCUCAGUGCCUUGUACCAUGCCUGGCAUCACUUCAAGUGAGUUUUGCUAAGGAUCAAUGCCCUGAGAGUAGAGCAAGCAUUUUAGAUGUCAUAGAAUCACAGAAUAUACUGAGUUGGGAAGGACCUGUGAAGAUCAAGUCCAACUCCUGGCCCUGCACAAGACACCCCAACAAUUCCACCCUGUGCCUGAGCACAUUGUCCAAACACUCCUUGAGUUCUGGAAGCUUUGGGCGGUGACCCAUUCCCUGAGGAACCAGUUCAGUGCCCAGCCACCCUUUGUGGGAAGAACCUUUUCCUGAUAUCCAGCCUAAUCCUCCCUGGACACAGCUGUACCAUUUUCUCAAGUCCUAUCCCUGGUCAGGAGAGUGAAGAGAUUGGUUCCUGCCCCUCUGCUAUCCCUCAGGAGAAUGUUGAAGAUCCCAGUGAGGUCUGACCUCAGUCUCCUCCAGCUGAAUAGACCAAGUGCCCUCAGCCAGUCCUCAUAUGGCUUCCCCUCAAGGCCCUUCACCAUUCUCAUGGCCCUUCUUUGGAUGGUCUCUCAUGGCCUAAUGUCUUCUUUAUAUUGUGGUGCUCAAAACUGCCCCCAGCACUGGAGGUGGGGCUGCCCCAAAGCAGAGUAGGACAAUCCCCUGCCUGACCAGGAAUGCUUUACCUAAUGCCCCAGGACACAGAUGUCCUUCCUGGUGCCAGGACACUGCUGACUCAUGUUCAACUUGCCAUGGACCAAGACUCCCAAGUCCCUUCCUCAGCCGCUCUCAGCCUCAUUCCCCAGUCCACCCACACAUCGAGGCUUGCCCCUUCCCACAUGCAGAAUCCAGCACUUCCCCUGUUGAACUUCCCACAAUUGGUGAUGCCCAUUUCUCUGAUUUGUCAAGGUUUCUCUGGAGGCCCUCUCUGCCCCUGAGAGACUUGACAGCUCCUCCCAGUUCAGUGCAGACAGCAAACUUCCUAAGUAUUCCUUCAAGUCCUGCAUCCAGGUCAUUAAUGUGGAUGUUGAAGAGCACAGGCUUGAGAAGAUGCCCUUUAAGUGUCAUGCUACUGGUCUGCGUUUUAAAAAUUAUUUAUGGUUUUAUUCUAAGAGAUGGUCAUGGUGUCUUACAGCAGCUGAGCAAGUUGAGUAGCUACUUGCUCAUACUCUGGAUUUCCACAUGAAACAGGAGAGCUCUGACCUUG